CAGGAAGAGGAUGGUGGUGGUGAGUCACGUGCUGAUGGGUGUCAUCGUCAACUUACUGAGCGUCAUUCCCGUGUUCAGUGUGAUCCUCGCCCUGCGCCUGCUUCUGGGUGUAAUGAGCAACACCACUUUAUACUCAUUAGCUAUGGAGGUGUGCCAGAUCAAGCACCGGCCGCUAAUGGGCGUCCUGAUCGGUCUGCCGUGGGGCUUGGGUACCAUGGCAUGGGGUGGCAUGGGUUACCUUAUCCGGGACUGGCGGUACCUUAACGCAGCUGUUUCCCUUCCUUUUCUAAUCAUCUUCGUCUUCAUCUUUUUGAUAGAUGAAUCUCCGCGGUGGCUGCUGGUAACGGGGAAAAACGACAAGGCACUGCGAGUGAUGAUGAAAGCAUCUCGCUUGAACAAGGUGGAGCUCCCGCUCGAGGAGGAAAUGACAGGAUUGCUGGGAAAGAUUCGUCCUGUGCAGAUUGAGGAGCACGGGCAGUCCGUGGAAGAGAGAAGGCAGUCCGGUAUUCAGUGUAGGUUGCCACGGAUGUUAAGCACUCCCAUCAUGAGACGACUCAGCUUUAUCAACGUUACUAUAAAUUUCAUAACUGCGCUGGUGUUUGGGGGCCUCAACCUAAGCGGGAAAGCUUUCAGCCAUAACCCAUUCCUGUACAUGGUAAUAGGCGGAAUGAUGGAGGUGCCCUGCUACACAAUCACAGCACCAAUCAUCAAUCGCUGGGGCAGGAAGGUUCCCUUAAUGGUCGGCUACUUUGUGUGCGGUGUCUGCAUGCUGUCAAUAGUCUGCGUUCCGACGGACAUGGCGUGGCUGGUGCUGACGUUGGCUAUGGUAGGGAAGGUGACGGUGAGCGGGGCGUUCAUGAUCCUCCUGGUAUACCGGCUGGAGCUGCAGCCCACCGAAGUCCGUCUGCAAAGCAAGGGUGUGGGUUUGUUGUCCACGAAUGUGGCCUACUGCGUCGCGCCCUAUAUUACUGACCUUCUGAGCAUGGUGGUUUCCUGGCUACCGUCUGUGAUAUUUGGAGUGACAUCACUGGGAGUGUGUGUUUUGUUGGUAACCCUUCCAGAGACCCAUGGCAUGCCGCUCCCUGAAACCGUGAAGGAUCUCAACAACUUGUGGAAAAGGAAAUGGAUAUGGAGUUCAACAACUGAUGAGGUCUAACAAACCACUACCACCGUCAUCACCACUUCCACCGCCACUGCCACCGCUACCGCCACCACCACCACCACUACUACCACCACUACCUCAACUACUACUACUACUACUACUACUACUACUACUACUACUACUACUACUACUGCUGCCUGAACACCAGCUACAGCAUAUUUUUGCAUAUUAAGGGUGUAACGUAGACUAAUUUCUGUGGAGGAGUAACACACACACACACACACACACACACACACACACACACACCAGUCAUGGACAGAGGUGAUGGAAGGCAAGGACGUAGAUGACAAGUGGAUCAGUCUCUCUACCCAGCCAUCACUCAGAUUUCCCGCCGCUGUAACUGUGUUCGGUAUUAUAAACAUGUAACAUUUUCCCACGUAGUAGCACGACUGUAUGUAUGUAUGCGUGUAGAUCAUGGGUGUGGACGGAUACGGGUGGAGUUUACAGAGCAUGAAACUUAAUAUGCACCAAACAUUGCCAUUGGGAUGUGAUUAGUCUUAUUUACAUGAGUGACUCGCAACGUUUUGCUGAAUUUGUGCGU